GUGUUAAGCAUUGACCUUCCUGGCCAGGGCGCAUACCAGAUCUACAUGAUUCCUUACCAUGAUGCACAGUUUACCCGCCCAUAUGAGGGGGGCAUGGAAGUGCAGGUUAACCAGCAGAUGUACGUGGCGGUUGAGGUGGAAGGAGUGGAUAGAAGUCAGAUUGCAACAGUUCUGGACAACUGCUGGGCCACACCAGUUAAUGAUAGCGAAUAUCAAAUUCGCUGGAAUCUGAUUAUUAGAGAAUGCCCCAACCCUGAGGAUGGAACAGUGGAGGUUCUACAGAAUGGCAAUGACACAACAAGCCGUUUCUCCUUCAGGAUGUUCACCUUCACAGGAGCUUCCGAUCGCAUUUUUUUGCACUGUCAGGUUCACCUCUGCCUGGUGCAGAAUGGAAGAUGUGCACAGUCAUGCGACCCUGGAUUUAGAGGCAGAAGGCGCAGAUCUUUGGACUUCCAUCACUCUGCAGCGAUCACCAUGGGUCUUUAAGAGGGCUAGAUGAACACCCCUGCUGGAUGAAAGAUGAAUGAUGUCAA